AUGCCGCAGUUAAGGUCAGGGAAAGUGGUAACUGCCAGUGAGGUGAAGUCGGCUGACAGGAUGGUCACCAGCCCAAGCUCUCCGGGUGCAGGGGUAGGAUGUGAGCCACGGAAGAAGGUGGUAGUCAAGCAGAGUCAUCAUCUGGCACCAAAGAGAAAACCUGAGCAGCCCUUAUCUUUCUGUCUGCCACCUGCCAUGCUCUCCGGCGUUUCCUGUGAGCAAUUUGCUCCUCUUGUGCCCAAGCAGAAGGAGCAAGCAAAGGAAAAAUGGAAAGCGAUUGAACAAGACUCCGGUACACAGGCUGUGAAGAAGCUUAAGACAAAUCAAAACAGAUCAGAUUCCAAGGAAAAGGAACCUCACUACUCUAAAUCUCUUACGGUUGCUGCUUUAGGUAGCCUGAGAGUGGUAGCUCAGGUCCAUGAUGUUUCUAAUUGUCACAAAAGCAAGACAGAUGAAAAAUUGAACAAGGUUAAUAUGAACUUGCAGCAGUUUACCUGUCAAAGAACAGUACCUAUGACUGGUAAAAAUGUUUGGCCUUUUGAAUCUUGUGCCAGGACUUCUGAACGGGUUCAUAAAAAUCAUGGGUCCAUCUCAGAAGGAAAAAGACUUUUAAGGGCUGCCUCCGAGCAAUCCUCUGAUAAAAGCAGUGUUAAAGCUGUAGGAAACAGUGCUGUGACUGGGAAGUUGAGACGGUUGGAUUUGCAUAUGUCAUCAGCAGAAAUUAACAAAGAAUCUCCACGUAAAAUGAUGGAUCCAAAUACUGAAUGUCUGACUUCACUUGAAACACCAGAAUCCUCUUCCUUGGAUAUUUAUGAGGCUUUGAGAAUGAGCAAUGAAAAUGUGGAAUCACCAGUUAAUAUGGAUAGAAGUGCCGUGGCUUUUAGCCAUGAUGAUGUGCGAGAAGUUAAAGCAACCUUGAAUUUUACAACAAAACAAAAAGAGAAAAAUAAAGGAGCUGUAACAAAAAGAAACCUGUCUGUGACAGUCCAGAAUGGUACAUCUACAGGUAACACAAACAGAAUAAACUUCAGCCAUAAAGCAUCAGUAGUGAACCAGACAUUUUCUGAUUUAAAGCUAAUGAAAGUAUUAAACACUGGAAACCUGACAAAAUUCAAAAUUCCUUUAUGCAGAAACAAACCUGAAUCCAGGAAAUUGGAGUCUUCAUUUGAAAGAAAAACCUGUAGUCCACUAGAGCUUCUUGACAGCGCUAGUGUUUCAAGAAGGCAGAAAACAGGUGAAGAGACUUUUUUGGUAAAUUUCGAGCAGCAGCCUCUUCCUGUCGCAAGUGAUGCUACAUCUACAGCUUCCAUGAAGAAAAAAGCAGAUGAGAUCAACAGUAAGGACUUCCAGCAUGAUGGCUCUGAAAACCUUUCAAAUGAGAUGUCUGCACUCCCUGAACAUUUUUCUUUAUAUCCGCAUCCUUUCCUUGACAGACAACUAGAGUCAUGUGUGCCUGAUUUCCAUGGUACUGAAUGUGUACUAAAAUCUAAUUUUCCUGAUCAUUCUUGGAAUGCAGUUGACCACCCUGUUGCAUUAGAAAUAAACGAUGAUAGCAAAUCAAGAGGGAACCUUUCACAACACAAAAGUCAAAAUUUUCCAGAUAUUCUUGAAGCUUACGAAGAAGAUGUUCUUGUCAUUGACGUGAUUCAGGAUGACCCUGACCUUUUUGGAACCAAUAAUGAAGAGGAGCUUGCACUUGUAGACUGUGAAAAUUGUCCUGUGAAGGCGUCCUAUACUAGCAUCUGCGUUAAAGACGAAAAGCAGGAUCUUAAGCCUGAGUAUCCUGUUAUCUCAGAAACUAGAGAUUCAGUCGAUGAUAAUUUUAGGCAGCUUGCUGUCGUUAUACUUGGUGUCAUUCACCAGCUUACAUACAGACCUACUAUGCAAGCUAAAGAUAGUAAAACCCACAACUCCUCCAAAGGAAGCAGUCCUUUGGGAGGUGUUACUGAGGACUUUCUUGAAGAUGGGCAACUGAGGGAUCUAGAUGAACUUUUAAAGAGUUUUGACGUGGACGAAAAGGCUUCUCAUUCAGUCCAGCGGAUCCUCGAGAUGAUUGAAUUGCCCCGGAAAUAUUGCAGAUUUUAUUUCAUGACUUUGCGUGGGUGCGAAAGAGCAAAAUGUUGGUUUUGUCAUGUUCCUGAACAAGGGGAUGAAAAGAUUUGCAUGGCAAUACUUAGGACAUACAUUAGUAUCAAAGAAUCAGGCCUUCUAAAACGUGCAGUCCAAAUAUUCAUGAAAUAUUACAGAGAAGUUACUCCUGGUGUGGAUUUUGCUUCUGAAGUGCUGAAUGAUCUUCUCAUUUCUUUACUCAAGAACUGUUUGUUGCAGGAAGUAUUUCAGAUAUUGAAUGUAACUGUACAAAUCAAUACACUGCCAGCUGUAGAUGUUCUUCUGAAAGUUUUUGAGCAUGUGGCUUCUUUGAAUAUAAGAGACGCUGUGCCUACAUUAAUCAGUACCUUUUGUAAGCUCAUUGAUGCUGGUAUGUUCCUUGAGUUUGAACAUUUUGACUAUAUUAUUAAGUUCCUUCACCAACUGCAAGUUUCUAGUCAGGAAAUAAAUAUUGUUUUGAACAUAAAAUCCAGAUUUCAGGAAAGACAUUUUGAAAAGAACUGGCUUUUUGACUUCAACUUGGCAGUGGCUGAAAUUCAGCAUUGCAAGGAAAAAAGUGAUUGGACCAAGCUGGGAGCUUUGUAUGUUAAUGCAAGAACUGGAUGUGAACAUUUUGAUGAUCUUCAGAAAUUGUCUUUAUGUAUUGCUGAAAUGCUAACCAGAGAUUCUGAGACAGACAGACCAGGAGUUCCUUUUUGUGAUUUUGCUGAUGCAGUAAUAAAAAAUUCACAACAUAAUGAAGCAGACAGAAUUUUCAUUGGAAGGAUUGGGAUAAGUGUCAUGUAUUCUUAUCACAAAGCACUGCAGUGGCUAAAGGGAAGGAAAGUUUUGGAUAAAUUGCAUGAGCUACAGAUACAUUUUACAGUCUUGAAAGGACUUACAGGUGCAGAGAGGUUAGCAUCAAGAUGUCAAAUUGUUAAUAAAGCUGCAGAAAUUUUUCUUAAAACUGGAAGUUUGGAUGGAGCUACAUGGGUAUUGAGAGAGUCAGAUUGGACCACAAAUGCACCAUUGUGGCCCUGUGAUAAAAUGGACAUCCUCAAUCGACAUAAUCUGUUAUGUACACUAGUGCACAAAUACUUGAGGAAGAGUUUAUACAGGCAGGCAUUUGAAGUUCUGCAGAACUUACCAGGUUUUCAAAAUCAUUCUGAUACUGUAGAUGUUUCUCAGUACAGCUGCCUUUUUAACAAGCUGAUAAAUGCCUGUUUUGAGAGCAAGAACCUUGGGGUCUCAUCUUCUGCAGUAGACUUCAUGCUUUCAAAAAACAUAGCUAUUGAUUUUUUUUUACUUAGAGGAUUAAUCACAGCUUUGGGAAGAAGUUCUUUGUGGUCUAAAGCUAGGACCUAUUACAAAAGUGCUUUAUCAUUGGGUUGCUACCCACCACUGCAGGGAAAUUUGUAUCACAAGCUUUUGAUGAUUCCGUCUUACCUGUCUGAGGUUGAGAUGCUGUUGGCCAUUGAAAUAUUUCUUGUUUCAAAUGCCAGUGAUAUUCAAAGCCCAAUGACUACUAGUCAGACUCUUCAAGUAAUACUGAAAAGAUGUGAAGAUCAGACAGUUCAGAAUAACAGGGACUAUCAAGCAGCAGUGGAGAGACUGAUCCUGGCUGCUCGUGUAUCUGAUCCAAAGCUUUUUCUUAAGCAUAUGACAAUGAAUGUUAAUAUGGAAGAAGUUUACAGCUUGGAGCUUACAUCUGCUCUAAAAUGGCUUCAGGAGAAUAUGAAAUGGGCUGGGAAGGUCUGGCUGUUUCAGUAG